UCCCGCGCGGCCUGGGCCCCGCCUACGCGCAGGACAAAGUGGGGGUGCCGCCCGGUGGGUGCUGGGCGCGGGCCCGCAGGCCGGCGGCACCUCUAAGGCCCCCUCCCCUGCCUUGCUGCUCGGCGGCGCGUCGCUUCCUGGGAGUUGAUCAUCCCUGAAGAAACAUGAAGACACACUGUGGUGUUAUGCUUACUCUAGCCAUCCUGGUGUUCCUGACAUGGGUCCCUGUGUCACUGAGUUGUAACAAAGCACUCUGUGCUAGUGAUGUGAGCAAAUGCCUCAUUCAGGAGCUCUGCCAGUGCCGACCUGGAGAAGGAAAUUGUUCCUGCUGCAAAGAGUGUAUGUUGUGUCUUGGGACCCUUUGGGAUGAGUGCUGUGAUUGUGUUGGUAUGUGCAAUCCUCGAAACUACAGUGACACACCUCCAACCUCAAAGAGCACUGUAGAAGAGCUUCAUGAGCCAAUCCCUUCUCUCUUCCGGGCACUCACAGAAGGAGACACACAGUUGAACUGGAACAUUGUUUCCUUCCCUGUUGCAGAAGAACUCUCACAUCAUGAGAAUCUGGUUUCAUUUUUAGAAACUGUGAACCAGCCACACCAUCAAAAUGUGUCUGUUCCUAGCAAUAAUGUUCAUGCACCUUAUUCCAGUGACAAAGAACACAUGUGUACUGUGGUUUAUUUUGAUGACUGCAUGUCCAUACAUCAGUGUAAAAUAUCCUGUGAGUCCAUGGGAGCAUCCAAAUAUCGCUGGUUCCAUAACGCCUGCUGUGAGUGCAUUGGUCCAGAGUGCAUCGACUAUGGUAGUAAAACAGUCAAAUGUAUGAACUGCAUGUUUUAAAGGAGAAGAAUGCAAACCAAAGCAUUUUAGUCAACAAGAAAGAUAUAAAAAACUAUUUGGUGAGGUUUACUGGUUGUACCAGGAUGCCAGCAGGUUAAGGAAAUAUAAGAAUUUGGACUGAGUUAAAGUAUGACGAAUGCAUUAAUGUGUUCAAUUAUAAGUAUAACUGCUCUGGUUGGUUUUAUAGCCCACUGGCAAUAAGCCCCUUCCUCUCUAUACAUUUACAGCUUUGGUCGUAUGAGAAGCAAGUACACAGAGAAUUCCUUGUAAGAUCUGAGGUCUCUAACAUAAAGCCUGAGGUCUUUUUCUUCUAGCAUUCCCAAAGCCUUUGGUUUUGAAAGUGUUCGAGGACCUUAACGUAAGUUAUGGUUUCUUCAUUUACUGCUCCUGAGAUGCUGAGUUUUUCCAGUUGCACACUAGAUGUCAUUCACUGUGCCUUGUCUCGUUUAUCUCUUCUGUAAAUAGGGUAGAUACUCAAAUAUAUCACCCGGAGAACUCCCGUAAAAAUCACUGUCAAAAGCUUAAUUUCAAAUCUUGUAAUGUUGGUUUUAGAAAGUAAAUGCCUACUACAUUUUACAGUUUAAAACUUUUACAUAGUAGAAUCCAUCCUGUAAUACACGUGCUGACAGAACUUUGGGGAAGAUUCUCCUUCUACGCCCCCUGCCCAAAGUACUGGUGUAGGUACUGGCAAAGAAUUUUCAACAGGAAUUUCAAAGCACAUCUAUAUCACUGCAUUAAAUAUUCCACUAGGUAAAUAAUGAGAAAGUUACAGCAUUUCUCUGACUUAAGUUACCAGCUUAAAGAGCACUAGGAGUGGGAAAUGCCUGCCAAAUCAGACUCUACUUAGAGCACCAGAGAAGCAGCUUGUCCCGUUUACAGAGAUGGCAAGACUGAAAGCAGAAGCUGUGCUGCUGGGGAGAGAGAAUGAGCCCACUCAGCCUUAGCAUGGGCAGGGCCAUGUUCCCCAACGAUGAAUGAUAGGAGGGGAUAAAGAAGAAAAUGAUGGGUAUGAGCAGGGAGGGUUGAAAAUACUGACAAUUCUUCCGGGAAACAAACCUUAAACUAUUUGCAUUAAUUAUUUUGUUAUAUUAUAAUCUUUAGGUUUCUGUCUGCAUUGAAUGUUCUUAUUAAACAAGUAAUCAAUCGUACAGUGGGAAGUUAAGAUUAUGAAAUGAACAAGAGAUCUGUUCAAGAUGAUGUUAACUUCAAAUACAUUAUAGAUUAUUUUGUUUUACAUAUUUCGAUAAUGAUAAGCUUAAAUACAUGUACCCUUCAUCAUAAUAAAAUCCCAGUCAUCAAGCAUGAAUCUAAAACAUAAAUAUUUAUAUUACAGAGAUUCAUAACUUUACAAAAUUAUUAAUUUCUUCAGUACCUUAUGGAAUUACAAGUAACAUGUAGAAAUAUCUUUAUAUGUCUAAAUAUUUUAGUACAUAGAAACAGAUAAGCUUUUAGAUACUUUGUAUUCAUUAUAUGAACAGUAGUUAGUUACAAGAUCAUAUGUAAUAUCAUGAUUAGCAUAAAAUCUAAAGCCUUAGUACCUUUUCUGUUCUUUCAGACAACUCUAAUGAAUACAAGGUACUUUCCACAAACUUUUGGCUUUUUAAAAAAUAGCUGAAAUUUAGCUCUUGUAUAUUUUUUUAAUAGGAAAACAUUGGGAUAUCUUUUUCUGCCUUUUACCUAGAAUGCCUCUGUUUAAAAGUGCCUUGAAGGCAUUUUAGCUCCCCUUCCUCAUUAAUGCCUAUAAAGCUAAAACUUUUCUUAAAAACUUUAAACUUAAAAAAAAAGAGUUUUAAAAGAAUCUGCAUCCAGCUUCUUCAUUUCCAUUUUGCUAUUCUUCAAAGUAAUUUUAUACCUAUGAAUAAAGAAAUCUUUUUGUGUUAAUGGAUGGCAUGUUUAAUGUUGCCUUAAAUAUGUCAACAAAUAUUUUUUAACUGCAUUUAUCAACUUGAUUAGGCUUUCAUUAUUAAAUUCUUAAGUGUAGUAUCUCUUCUGCCCCUAUACUGGGAGGGUAAUUUCUUGAGCCAUGUUGUAUUUGGCCUGGUUUUCCUUACAUCUUUUUCCCCAAUGGAAAUUACCCCUAAAUGUAAUGAUAAUUUUUAUAUUCAAUUUUGCAUAGUUUUGGGGGUUUAUGAUGAGGUUAAAAGAUAGAGUUCACUUAAAAGAUUCCAUUUCCAGUUUAUAAUGUAUUUCAGGUUUUGUAUAACAAUGUUUUCAAAUUAAAAAUAUAACAUUUGACAAAUCAGUACCCCCACUAAAAUUUAGACCUUUUAUUACCAUUCUAUGUACAAUUCACUUCUGUAUUGAAGCUCUGGUAAAAAAAAAAAAAAAAAAAAAAGAAAUCUUUUUUUUUAAUUCAAAAAUUAGGUUGUUAACUUUUUCUAUAACUAGAUU